AUGGCUUCCGAAUCGUCAGUACUGGCUCAGAUCGACCGCGUAAUCGGCGAUGUUUUGGCCGACUGGAAUACCUAUACCACCCUGAUCGCGGGCGCCCUCGUUGCAUUUGUCAUUGUCUCCUUCAUUACGUCCAAAGACCCCGAUAUCCAUCCCUUCUUACUGGCUCGCCAGUCCACUGCCUUCCCCGUCCGUCAGCCGGGCGAAACUUCCGCAUAUCGGAGUCUGGAGACUCCCCACGGUUUCCCGCUUCGCUCGGGAUUGAAUGUCAAGGAUGCUGGUGCUCCGAAAUGGACUAGUGGUCGGAGAGGUGACCUGCGUGAUAUCUGGAGAGCUGCGAUGCGUGGACCCCUCGGAGAAGACGGACAACCAUCUGGGCCACCAGGCAAGAUCUAUACGGUCCUUGGUAGGAAGGCUAUAGAGCAUUCCUUGGAUCAGGUCACCCAGGAGAUCAACGUCCUCGGACACCAUCUGCAAGCUGCCAAGGCCAAGACCGUUGCUGUCUGCCUGACGGACUCGGUCGAACACUUGGCAUCUGUCUUCGCCGGCGCUUUCUACGGCUUCCGCAUCAUCAUCAUCCCCCAUAACCUCGAACCGAAGGUGUUGUCGUCGUUAUUGCAUGAUGCCCAAGCCGACGUCCUCAUCGCCGAGGCUGGUGCCCUGGAUCUGUCUUUUGUGGCUAAGAACAAUGAGCAACUCUCUGAAGUUAUCUGGGUGGCCAAACUCGGCAGUCGGCACAUGGACUGGAAUGACGUACCUCAGGAUGUUCAGGGGCGUUUGAGUGUGACCGUGUGGCACGAGCUCAUCGAUGAAAAGAAGGACCUGGCAGGUCUGGAUGUGCCUAGUUGGGAUCCGACUUCGAGCACUCCAUCGGUAAGCACCGUGUGGCUGUCUGCAACAGGCAAGGGUGAAUUGGUAGAGUACCAACCGGAGAAUCUAGUUUCGGGUAUUGCUGGCUUGAUGUAUUCACUUCCCCGGAAUCAACGAUUCAGUCCCAAGGAUUUGGUCCUCUCGAUCGACUCCCUCUCUCGGUCCUACCCACUUUGUCAGAUCAUGGCCGCGCUCUACUCAAAUGCGUCUGUUGCUCUCAAUUCUGUUGCGGGAGAAGGUGUGGAUUUCGCACUGGCCACCGUUGGAGUUUCUCCCACUGUGAUCAUCUCCUCUUCUAGCACCAUGACCAACUACCAUGACAAAUUCAUGGCACCCCAUUCCGGUUUGCUCCCCGCCCUUGCUCGCUGGGUUCACGCCCGGACGCUGGACGCUGGGCGCAUGCCUUCUCAUGGCAUUUGGAGUCAAAUUGCGAGCAUUGGCCCGACCGCAGAACUGUCCCUCGAUAAUCUCCGCCUCCUGUGCAUCUCACACCGCGCUGAUGCUAACCGGGAAGCCUGUUUGACCUAUGAUCAGUUAACAGACCUAAGAAUCUUCACGGGCGCUCGAGCGGUCUACGCCUUGACGGGUCCUGGAGUCGCCGGUGCUAUUACCCAGACCAAUGUCUUCGACUACCGCCGCAGCAAGGGUCAGAGCCACUUUGGCGCUCCUUUGAGCAGCGUUGAGAUCGUCUUGACGGAUGUCUCCGAGGCUAAUGAUCUGGAAGGCCAGAUCACGGUGUCCGGCCCUUCUGUUAUCUCAGGCAAGACAACCAUUCCCGUACGGGCCCGCAUCAAUGACGAUAGCACACUUGCAUUGUGCUAG